AUGGCGCAGAGCGAGCGCAGCGCGGCCGGGGCGCUCGUCGCCAGGCUGAGUCUGCUCGUGCUGAACCUGGUGCUGUUCAGCCUCGGCGUCACGUUGUUAGUGAUGAGCACCCAAAAGAGCCACUACACGGAUCUUAUGAAAACGGUGUACGCCGAGGGUGGCGUCACGGUCGAGGCCUUCGAACAGCCGGACGCUGCGCUGACCCUCGCGGGCUUCUUCAUCACGUUCGUGUCGCUCCAGGGCACCCUCGGCGCGUGCACGGGAUCCAAGCAGACCAUCCUGUCGUACCACGUUAUGUGCAUGUUCAUCCUCACCGGCAUCAUCUACUGCGCCGAAAUGAUGAUAGCGUUCAAGGACGAGAGCGACGAGAUGAUAGCUUCUUACUGGCGCAGGAUUGACUCAACCUCAUUCGACGAGAACCAGGACCUCAACGGCAAGGACGAGGCGAGCGUGCAGAGGCACGCCAAGCGAUUCUUUCACACCGCACACGGCAUUCUCACCGCCGCCGCGGUGUUCAUCGUCCUCGCGCUGAUAACCAGCGCCAGAGUCAUGGGCCUAAAGUACACGCUCAAGCGAGUGGGCACCGGCGUCAACUUUGCCGGUAUCAUCUUCGGGCUGUUCCUCCUCGUGAUGUGCGGCGUGGUCUCCAGGACGACGUACCACGUCUCCGACGCCAUCACGGUGGACGUUGAGGUGACGUUCGCGCAGGCCAGCGAGGGCCCGCCGCCCAGGGCCGCGAGGGAUUUCGAGGAUAUGCUGCGGGUAGCGCCGGAGAGGAUCUUCCGCGACGCGCAGCCGCCGCCGCCUCCCGGGGGAUCGCGCGGCGGGGGAUCCCUCGAUCCGCCCGCGCCCACCGCGUCCCCUUCGAACCCUCCACCGCCAACACCGCCCGGGGCUCCGCCGACCCCAACGCCUCCGUCGCCGCCCGCCCCGGCGCGUCGGCUUCUGGCGGACGCUCCGAACCCGCCGCCGCCUCCCCCGUGGUCCGGUGACUUUCCGGUGCAGUCCAUGUGGCUGGUCGACGUGGACAGGACGCAGCCCAAUCCCCCGGUGUCCACCCUCGUCGAGUUCACCAUCUCGUUCAGCGGCAUGAACGCCAGCACGGACAUCAACGCGACCCUGCCGCUGGCGGUGGAGUCGAGGAUCCGAAGGGCCGUCGCGGCGUUGCCCACCGCCCCGGACCCGCGCGAUUUGGACGUCGAGGUUACGAACAUGCGACUCGGCGGGGAGCAUCCCAUAGGAGGCGCGUGGACCGCGCAGCUGCUUGCGGCGGCGGGAGCCAUCACCGUGAUGUCCUCGACCGCGGGUUUCGUCGGGAUUCAAGCCGGAAGCAGGCCGAUGCUGUCCGCGCACCUGGUCGUCAGCGGCGUCACCGCCGUUCUCGUCAUCGUCGGAGUGCACCACGUGACGCAACACGCGGACGACUCCAAAGACUACAUCCGCUCUCACUGGAAGGACAUACAGACGGGCGUCGUCGGGGACAACGUCGAGGUUGACGACGCGGCGGCGUUUGCCAACUCGCACAUGCGGAGCGCGGCGGCGCUCGGAGCCAUCGUUUGCACCAUCCUCUUCGUCUCCAUCCUUUGCUCGGCGGUGGCGCUUCUGGUCAUACCGGGCGGACCCCUCGCGAGCGCGAUGGGCAACAACAGGCCGCGUCCGGGACAGGCCCGCGCGGCGAGGCAGCCGGACUCCGAGAGCGACGACGACGACGACGACGACAGCGAAGAGGAAGGGUGGGGCGUCGAGGAUAGGUGGGACAGCUGGGGCGGCAAAAACGACGAUUCGACCCCGCUUCGGGACGACGAGGGCAACGUGCAACGACGGAACAAGUCGCGGAAGCGCGCUAAGAGGGAUGCCAAGCGCCUCGCGGCGAAGGCGGCGCAGAACGGCUCGGCGAAUCAAACCGCGGCGGGUCCCGGGCAGGUUGUCGUCGAGAUGUCGGACCUCGCCAACCUCGUGCAGGAGGCGCGCAAGGGCCGGGGGCGGUUCAAGGAGCGCGGCGGCAAGAGCUCCCGAACCCCGUCGCCCACCGGCCACGAUGUGGAGAAUCCCCCGAGCAGGGAGAGUUCCCCGCAGCGCAAGGCGCGGCUGCAACGGGAGCGGGCUCGGCGGGUGAAGGACUCCUCGGUGUCAAAAACCGUGAGCCGGUUGGAGGACAAACUCGUGGACCGCAUGGGCGCGCUCUUCGGCGGCAUCGGCACGCCGAGGGGCGCCGCGGAUGGUGGAUCGAACGGCGAGGGAGGCGGUCGCGCGGGCACGUCCGUGUUUCGCGAUGAAAUCUCCAAGCCGCACUACUCGCAAAGCGAGAUUGCCGCCGCCGUGAACAUGCUCCGCGAGGCUGCGCAACGGCGGAACCCGAACGAUCCAGAGGCUGCGCUGCGCGCUGCGCUGGAGGUUGCGGGCGAGGGAGACGCGGGGCUGAUCCGGGAGGCGCUCGCGGCUCCGUUCGAGGUCAGAAAGCCCCACGCGGGUGCGUCCUUCACGCUUGAGUAG